AAUGCGACUCACGUCCCGGCGAAGGAUUUGGGGGAUCGAGGUUGGGGUUUGGGGUUGUGGUUUUAUGCGGUUUAUAGGAGUAAGAUUGAAGACUUUUUCUGGGAUCCUUUCGACAUGGCCAAAUUCUUGUGGGCAAAGGCGAAGAGGAAGGACCUGGAGCCGGUGCGCGACGACUUCUCGGACUUCUUGUUCGCUUCUCAGUCUAAAAAGUUCAAAACGCUGGAUGCUGAGUUGCCGCUGGUUAUCAAGGAAGAAGAGCCCGUAAUUCCUCUGGAAUUUGAACAGCAGCUGCCAAAGGAGCAGACGUAUAGCAGCAUGCAGCAAGCGAGAGCUGUGAUGGCUGAAAAUAUUCCCGAUUUCAAAUCAAAUGGAAACAGCAAAUUCUGUUUUCACAAGCCAUUGAAAGCAGCGGUGGUUCAGUCUCCAUGUUCUACUGAUGUUUCAUUCAGACUGCACUCAGAUUUGAUUUCUGGUAAUAAAAGUCAAUACUUCCUGCCAAGGGAUCCCAACUUGAUGAUAAUGGAGGAGGUUCCUAUGGAGAACAGACCAGUUCCAGUCAAGAACCACUUCGAUGUAGUUCCUUUAGUGCCAUCGCAGGCCUUUGUGACCAGUCAUGUAAUAGAGGAUGUUAUGUCAAGAAGCAAUCUGUUGGAGCCAAUGGAAGCCGAAGAAGAACAAGAUGCCUUAAUGGAACUCGAAGAGGACAUGGAGCAACAAUACCAUAUGACAGCACAGCUCUACACAUCAAAUCCUGUGUUGUGGUCAGGCUUUUUCUGAGGAAGGCCUCUUAGCAGCUGAGAAGGAUUAGAGCAGAAUUCUACCAUUCAAAGAAGUGCCAUAAACCACUGCAGCCAUUCACUUAUGCUAACGACGAGAUGAUCCAGUCGUGCCAUGGAAAUAUAGGUUAGAUGGUUUCCCAUUUGACUGCAUCAGCAAGAAGAGCUACAGUUUGGGUAGUCUAAUUAUUUAUUUAAGUUUGUGUUAUUUGUGGAGAGUAUUGCAUUAAAGUUCAUGUUAGAUUGGGAUAUGGAGUGUUCAUUAUAUACCUGUAACCUAGUUGUUGAGGUUGUGUAUCGGGAUAUUUAAGUUAUAUUCGUUUAAGUUUGUCAUUGACACUCUUCUAAAGAUACAGCACAGACUAGACUGCAGCCGAGCUUCA